AUGAUAACAAGCUCCCUCGCGGAACAAGAAACACCUCCACUCUCCACAUCACCUCCACCGCCACCAACUGUCGAAACAAUGUCAUAUCCACCUCCGCCGGGGACAUCCUCCUCUCUCCCUCCUCGUCCCCCGCCACCCUCAAUACCUCAGAGUACAACCCCUCCAGCGUUCUCAGGCUUCCGACCCAGACAAGUCGCCGCACCAGCGACUGCAUAUGCUCAACAACCUCAAUACAAUCAGCCAUAUUCCCAACAAUACCCACCCGCUUAUCAACCCCCUGCCCAACAAUAUCAAGCACCUACACCAUCAGGAGCGCCACACAUUGUUAACCCAUUUCCGCUACCGCAACAAUCAUUCAACCGCCGUGCAGAUCCAAGAUACGCAGAUCUAGACCCGGAGCUGCAGGCCCAGAUAGCCCAGCAACAAAGCAUUUACGACCCCUCUGCCCGCGCUUCUAGCAAUACCACCGCCGCUCCUGUCGCAUCAAAAGUAGAAGGCAGCGAGUUUCCGGCGGCGCCGCUCAACAAACCAAAGAAUGCUCCCACUGUCGUUCGCCAGGGCGGAGGCCAAACCUGGACCGACUCAUCGCUGCUAGAGUGGGACCCCUCGCACUUUCGACUAUUUGUCGGCAAUCUCGCUGGCGAAGUCACGGACGAUUCACUACUCAAGGCGUUCUCGAAGUACCCUAGCGUACAGAAAGCUAGAGUUAUUAGAGACAAGCGCACGACAAAGAGUAAGGGGUAUGGGUUUGUGGCAUUCAGCGAUGGGGAUGAAUACUUUCGCGCGGCGAGGGAGAUGAAUGGGAAAUAUAUUGGUAGUCAUCCGGUAUUGUUGAAGAGGAGCAAUACGGAGAUCAAGCCGAUUGUCGUGGGUGGGAAGAAAGGGGUUAAGGAUGGGAGGGUGGAGAAAAAGAAGAAGAAGAAGAAGGGUGGCGAACAGAAGAACGUUUUAGGAUAGACCUUUUGUUGGGUUAGGCUUAGAAGGUGGUGUUCAUCAUUAAUGUUGAAUAGGUGAACUGCUGAUUUUGGUUGGGUUUGAUUUACUCUGGGAAUCCAUAAUGGUUAGAUGGCAUGGGCUUUUUUACUCUUGUGAAUCAAUGUAUUUCUAGAUGUCAAUGUGGUCAAAACAAUUACGGCUUU